AUGACCAACACGGGACACACACACGCUGGUUUCCGUGCACGAGGGGAGGGCGGCGGUGGAGGGAGGCUGUUCCUGGGCCGGCGGGCAGGACGGGCAGGACGGGCAGAAUGGGCACAACAAUACAGGCAGGACAGACAGGACAAGGGCAAGCAAGUAUCGUGGCAAAAGGGCGAAAAGCAAACGCAUACCGAGGAUAACUCCAAAGAGGACACACGGACAAAAAGGCCUCAUGAAAACGUAGCUGAGAACACAUGGCUUAUCUUUCUCGCCAAGCAGGAACCCUCUUCUUUUUUUUUCUUCUCUUUGAUCGAAUCUGGCGUUGUUGUGCACGGCCGCCAGGGGGAGGGAGAUGGUGUGCAAACAAUGAAAGAAAGCCAAAUGACGUUGUUGUGCAGCCUUGCGAAAACAGAGAAUCACACGGCUCUCUCUUCCUUGUCUCGCUCUUCCGUCAUUGCCCUCGAGCCAAUAAUCUUCCCCUCUCUCCCUCCUCUCUCUCUCUCUCUCUCGCCCCAAAAUCCCAUUUCCCAUCCCAUGAUCGAGCCGUUCCGCCCUCGUCCUCACGGCCGCCUCUGCACUUGCACCAUCUACACACUACAAACGCCUGCAAACGCUCAUCACCACAGCACCUUACUUGCUCUCUGUUUGCACUCGCUCGCCGGCGCAGACAACCUCGCCCGGCACCUCAGCAUUGGUGCCACCCCUUCAUAUGCUGUCGAGCGCGUUGUUGAUCUCACCGGCAUCAUCACCAGUACCGAGAAGUCGGACCUGGUUCUUCUCGUCACGGCCAUUACCGAAAAGAUGUUUCGAGACAUCAAUGGUCUCUUCGAUUCUCCCCAGAUUCCUCUCAUGGAUGGGGAAGGCCCAGACCGCAACUGGCUGGCUCUGGCUCUCCGCGAGCAAGAGACCAACGACAAGGAGAACAUGGAACCCCCCAGGUCUUUUGCCAACAGACCGGUCGGGUCGACAGUACGGAAGCCUUCUCCUCACCUGCAAGAUCAGGACGAAGAGACGCCACCACAGUUGCAAGAGCUGAGAAAUGAGGCUGUUGCAUUCUUUCGCAAGUGGCAGGCUUCCGUCGUCCAGCGUCUCCGGGACUUGGCUGUUGCCACCAUAGAAGAGGAUGUUUCUCGUCGAGGUCGUGGAAGAGGCGCCCGAGGAGCACCUCGCGGGCGUGCCGGGCGCUCUGGGCGUGCUGGAAGACAGAACGGCCGUGGCGGCAUCUCCGCCACCAGCACAGUUGUACCUAAUGCUUUCCCUCAAACGCCAGUUGCUCAUGUCGACCCUGUUCUCCUCCGCCUGUAUCCUGCUGUGCCGAACAAUCUGUGGCCGCUGCCCUACGAGAGGCGAAAGCUACUGCUGCAUAUUAUGCUACUCGUCAUCUUGUCCCUUCAUGACUACAAUGCCAAUGCACGCCUGCUUCUUGUCAACCUAACUUCGUCCUUGAAUCUGCCUCUCAAACUGCACAACCAGGAUGAAGUGCGAAUCGCCAAAGGUCUGGCAGCCGCCGCAAUGGAAGUCAGCCCCGAGAAGGCCGCGGCGCAAAAAGAAGAAAACAAACUCUCCAAAAGAUGGAAGUUUAGCCUUGGCAGCGCCAACAUAGGCACUGGCCUAGCCGGAGCUCUGAUCGGUGUAGGUGUCGGCUCUGAGGGUAGUGGCCUGACGACAUCAGCUGCCGCGGCUCUCCUGGGCAUCAUGUCAGAGAAUGGCUUGCUUAUGGGAUCCCUGUUUGGAAUGAAUCCAGCAAAGCCAGUCGAGAAGAUGGUGGAAGGCUUUCUCCGCGAAAUUCAGGACUUUUCUUUUCUCUCCGUCACCGACGACGGAGACGCCGAGUACAUGGAUCCCAGACGGCCGUUACCUAGCGAGCGAAGACUACGCAUUGUGAUUGCACUCGGGGGAUUCAUGCUAAAGGGGGACGCCGUGACUACCCCGUGGAGUUCCUUGGGCCGGCAAACAGAAGUAUAUGUGGUACAGUGGGACCUCGCGACCGUUGCAAGCCUUGGUAAUGCCCUUGAGACUGUUGUUGGCAGUAGCGCGUGGCUUGCCGCCAGGGAGCAGAUACGAAAGGACUCAAUCUUCCACUGCCUGCUGAACUCGAAAUGGCCCGAGCCCUUGCUCAAAAUCAGCAAGAUUAUUGACAAUCCCUGGAGUCUUGGCAUGGUGCGUGCUGAGAAACUCGGGACUCUUCUUGCUGAUGCCAUUGUACGCCACAAGUUCCACGGAGAGCGCUCUGUAUCUCUUGUCGGCUAUAGCCUUGCCGCAAGAGCAAUAUACAUGUGUCUCAUGGUUCUUGCUGAGCGUCGUCAGUUUGGCCUGGUUGAUUCGGUCGUCAUGAUGGGUACCCCCGCACCUUCGGAUAGCAAGGUGUGGAUGGCGAUGAAGAGUGUUGUCUCCGGUCGUUUGAUCAACGCAUACACGGAACAAGACUACCUUCUUGGUUUCCUGUAUCGAACCUCAAACACCCAUUCUGGAAUUGCCGGCCUGCAGGAGAUUCAGGGCGCUGGUGGUGUCGAAAACCACCACGUCAAGCAUCUAGCAAAUGGCCAUUUGUCCUAUCAACAUUUGGCCGCCCAGAUUUUGAAGGACGUUGGUUGGGAGCACGACUCCUUUACCACAGUGUAA